AUGGCUGAUUUCCAACACCUCAAGGCAAUGUUGGAUCGUGCAAUUCACCAGCGUCCCUUACUCCUCGCUACAACCUCUGGUGCUGCAGCCCUAGUAGCGUUUGCAGCUUGGUGUAUCAAGGACUAUCGCAAUUACCUCGCCCUCGGUCCAGGUGGUCCUCCCUAUAAUGUCAAAGGUUGGGCGUGGAUCACCUUUGGCACCCGUCCUUUUGCAUUGAGCAAGUCCGGGGCCACCUAUAUCGCCGACUAUCCUAUAGAGGGAAGCCACUCUGAGAUCCAAAAUCUACCUAGGCGUCAGGGAGAGCGGGCGCUACUUGGGGGCAUUGCCCCCCAUCGGCAAUUGUCGCAGCAUGCGCCUCCGUGUAUGAGAACUCACCCCUCAACCCUCGAAACCAAGAAGUCACUGUACGAACGGCACCACGACGCACUCUUUGUUUCACAAAAGCUCCUUGAGUCACAGCCCGAAAGCCUUCCCAACACUGCGAUCAUAGCGAGAGGCGAGCUCGGCCAUGCUCACCCUGAUCUGUCGGUACAUCUAUACCUUUCACCCGCCGACGCUCGUGUAAUCAUCGAGAAAGGAUGGGCCGAGAGGCACAGACUCUCGGUUCCCGAAACCUCUUGGGUGAAGAACAAAUAUGCUAUUGCCAGUACAUACUUGAUGAUCUACGGUCCCCGUGACGAGAAGGAAAUGGAGGUCUUGAGAGUCAUUCUUGAGAACAGUAUCAGGUUCAUGACAGGUCAUGAUGAGGUGGAGAAGUUACAGUGGAAGGAGGUUGUAUGA